UGACAACUACAAAACCUCACGCAAACAAAGCUAGCAUCAGUGGAUGCAUUCACAAAUGUGUAAGACAAAGAAGUUAUAUAGCUUAUAAGAAAAACCAACCUAACGCACUUAACAACAUCACCAGAAGUGAUGGCACCAAAAUGACGACUCCAAUAAUGGAAUUACUUGCAAAUAGAAAAAGGAAAAAGGUUAACAUCUGA